GAGGAGGAGAUCUGGAUGGAGAUGGGGCGGAGCCCUCAAAGUGAAGACACUUAAAGCCCCAGACACAGCAGAGGAGGUGAAGGGAGGUUCAUGCGUGUGGCGUGAAUGAACCGGGAACUGAACGCCGUCGUGAUCCCACAUCGGCGAAUCUCCUCCGUGGUGACACAGGGAUCCAGUGGAGGGACUGUUGAAAUGAAGACACUCCGCAUCUGUGCAACAUAACAAAACAAUUCAAGCCACAGAAAUAUGUGCAUUUUUUUGUGUUUUUUUUCACUGCGUAUGUAUAAAAAGGGAAGCUGUGCAAAUUCCACGUAGACCUCUCCCGACCUGCCUCGACUUGCCGAUGAGCACAGCAGAAGGCUCGUUAGCUUGUGCUCCUAAUUACUCGGUGUCAUCCCGACUGGAAGAGUUUUCCCUCUUGUGGGACCAGCCUGAGUUUUGUGGGCCAUUUCAUGAUCUGACUUGGUAGACGCCAUGCACAAAACGCCACACAAUUUCUGAAUACAUUUUAGUAGAUCACUGGGUUUACCGUUCAAAAACAAGACAUUUAAAUAAUGAGCUACACCAACUACUGGGUCGUGGACUACGACCUCUCCUCUCCGGCGCCGCCCAGCUUGGCCAGGGGUCCCACGGUGCUGCAGCCUGUGGUGGGACACCCCGAGCAGGCCACGGCUUUGUGUUUCGUGGGCCUCCUGGUGCUCCUGCUCCUCUUCCUCCUGGUCCGCUGCGUGCGGAUCCUGCUGGACCCCUACAGCAGCAUGCCGGCGUCGUCGUGGACCGACCACAAGGAGGGUCUGGACAGGGGACAGUUUGAUUACGCGCUGGUGUGAGGACGUCAAUCGGUGCAGAUGAGACAAAUUGCAGCUCUUGUAUGUCAUCAUCAUUCGGGAGUCCGUUUUCUUCAGAAUAAGAAUCUUGAUCGGGGUUGUUGAGUGUACAAAGAGAAAUUUGUACAAGCCCCCUCACAAUCCUCAUGCGAGCUGCUUAUUUUGGAUAGAAAAGUCGAAAUGUAACAAUACCAAAUUCAUAUUUUAGCCAGAAAAAAUGUAGUUUUCCACGUUGCACUAUUAUGAGAUACAAGUCCAAGUUUAAUGAGGGAAGUGUCAUAUUUACCAUGUGGAUUUCAACUCUCCUGAUUUUUGUAGUUUUAUUGAGCAAAAAACAACGUUAUGUACAGCAGCAUUGUAAUAUUUUGGCUUUCUUUAUUUGAUUUUUGAACAAUGACAUGUUUUGUCAGGGUUUGUGAUCUUAAAAGAAUAUAUUUUUACAAAUGAUAUUACGAUACUAAAGAAAUCAUUUAACGAGGCAAUUUUAAAUUCCAAAAAUUGUCUUGUAUGAUGCAUUUUAUUUUGGAAAAAUGUACCUUUAUUUUCUAUUAAAAUGUUAACAAUAUAAUAAAAAAUAAUCAAAAUUUACUUUGCAAAAAUAGGAUUUUAAUCAUGUGUACUCAUCUUUUUUCUAAAUCAAUAAUAAUAGUAAUAAUUAAAAAAACACUGGUCCUAUCAGUCCCUAGGCAAUUUAAGCAAGUCAAAUGAAAAUAUGUCCAAUUUGCUCUUCUCUACAAUGUAUAAACUUGUACAGGUGAAGUUUCAACAUGAAGUGUUCAGGUGACGCUCAGGUAGAAUUCUAUUGACCAAAGGCUGCGCCAUUCAUGGGAUGUGUUUCUAUCUGUACUUUCUCCAAGUGUUGUUAUGAAAUGUACAGUUUAGGACGCUUGACAGUUGUCUGUGGUUUUGCUAGUCUCUUUAAGAGUCCUGAAAUGUUCAAAAUGGGUGCACAAUCUAACGAGAUCCAAUACAGGAGCUGUAUGGAAAAUUCAACCUUUGCAAAAAACAAUAACAAACAAGCAAAACCCCUGAACCAGCUCACUUGGAUUUUGUUAGGUUGUGCACAUAGACCUCGUGAAAUGUUCAGGUAAGCUAGCUUUCAAAGCAUGUAAGCCAGUCAUCCAAUCCUGUUGGUCCUGAGUCCUAAGUGAGUGCACCAGCCAAAUAUGUUCAACAGUGCCUGUGACCAUGUCUUGAUGCCACAACUAUUUUGUAGCCCUUUUUUUGUGUGUAAAAACUCUUCUGCCCUUGCCUAUGCAAUGUCAUUAUAAAAAAUGCUUUUUUUAAAUGUGUUUUUUUUUUUUGCAAUGGUGUUCCGUAUAUGGUGGAUAAACCCAGUUUAGUAAAAACAAAUAAAUAAAAACAAUGACGCUGUUUUUUUUCCCAAUUGAAAACACUCCAGCUACAAAUGUGACAAGAUUUUGACUCACUUUGGCCCUUUAGGUGCCUUAGUUGGUGACUUGC